AUGGAGGGGAUGGUUAUAUUCCCUUCUCUGACAGCCGAGAGUGCUCGAGAGUUCAUCUCUGAAUCACCUUUCGAACUACUCAUAGCUUCUGUGAUAUUGCUAUGUAUAAUAACACGAAUAUGCAGUGACGUUCGGAGCCGUUAUAGGAAUAUUCAGACAAGCGAAUCAUGGAGACCUAAAACCAUUCCAUAUUGGAUCCCUUAUUUUGGGCAUGCUCUGUCCCUGGGACUCCGUCGUCGGAGUCUACUAGAACAUGCUCGAGACAAUACUGCCGAGCCCGCCUUUAGCCUCUAUGUGUGCGGCAAGAGACAUAACAUAAUAACAUCCCCAUCAUUGGCGAAAUCUCUUUUAGUGGAGAAGAAAUCGUCCAUCUCACCAAAUUCUUUCGUUAGUCAUGUCAUGGAGCACGCCUUUGGAGCACGCAGAAGCUCAAGGAAACUCAACCGGGCCGCAUUCGACGCCGAAUGCAGAUCAAUGGAAUUUCAAAUGCAAGAACCUCAUGCAUCCGACUGUUCGCGGGCUACUAUUCGAGAAAUUGAACGAAACAUGCCAAACAUGCUCUCAUUUUGCCGAAGUAUAGUCGAUCAGUCUUUCUGGGAGCGGAUGAGCAGGGUGUCCGUCGUUAGUGGUGACGGCAAUAACCGGGUUUGCGAAGUAAAUCUUUACUCAUUAGUCCGGAACUUUGUCGCGGUGACCACCGUGACGACCAUCAUGGGUGGAGACUUUAUGGAGGCCCUUCCUAAUACUCCAGAUGAUCUUUGGAAAUUUAACGGUAAUUUCAACGCCAUUGUGCUGGGCAUUCAACGAUUUGUUCCCUUUCCGGGACUUCCAACCUCAUACCGAUCGCGUCGCAGACUUCUACAAGGAAUGGAGGCAUUCCAUUCUGCCUUCGAAAUUGCAGAAAACGGCCACGAUCCUGGCUUCGACUGGCGUGAAAUGGAUAGCGUCUCUGAGUUCAUGCAAAGUCAGUGUAGGGCAUGGAAAACGGCUGGGCUUUCAGUUAAGUCAAUGGCUUCGGAAAGCUUAGCGAUCUUAUGGGCUAUGAACACGAAAGUCAACACAAUCGUAUUUUGGAACCUCAUACACAUCCUGGAGGACAGACAAUACUAUUCUCGAAUAAUGAAAGAAAUCUCUCCCUACUCCCGCGCUAGCCGACCAGGUGCUGAGGGGACAGGCUUCCGGCUACCAGAGCCCCCACGAUUAUCGCUGGAUGUUGAUCGCCUUGUUGAUUCUUGCCCCUUGCUGAAAGCUGCCUACUACGAGACGCUUCGCCUACACUCUUGCCCGAUAACUUACAGGAAGAUCAUCAAGGAUUUUCAACUGAUUGAAUCCGAAGCGGAUGCGGAUAUAGCGGGUCGGAAGCCGCAGACAUACCAAUUCAAAGAGGGGGAGUUCAUCGCCGUACCCUACAAUCUCCACAACACAGAUUCGCAUUACUUUAAGAACCCGGAUGAAUUCAACUCGGAAAGAUUUCUGGCGGAGAAGAGUGUGGACAUCAACGAAUCGUCAGAAAAGGAUGCAGAAAUUACAAAACAAGAUCCUUCUUCCAUCACCCAACCCAAGAUUGCUCUUCAGAUACCAGAAACGUGGACAGCAGAAAGCGGGAACGAAAAUUCUAUAAGCAUGGAUGGGAAAUUUGCUGAACGGACCACAUUGGCAUUCGUUGCUGGUCUGCUGACGAUGUGGGAUAUUGAGCCUGCGAAAGGGAUGGGGUGGAAAAUCCCCAAAAGGAGAACUGGUGGGCUUGUUUAUGAGCCAAAGACGGAUAUUAGAGCGAGGAUUAAAUCCAAAGUGGUAUGA